AGGGUCACGCUGCUUUUUGGCGGCCAUUUCUCUUGAAGCCCCGCGAUCCGGGCUCAGCUCUAGGUUCUUCAGUCACGAGAGACUGACGAGAGCUAGGUCGGUGGCCAGUAACCUGCAGCAUUUGUUCGUCCUCGCAAUGAGUUUGCCCCUCAAUCCCAAACCUUUCCUCAAUGGAUUAACAGGAAAGCCAGUAAUGGUGAAACUUAAGUGGGGAAUGGAGUACAAAGGCUAUCUGGUAUCUGUAGAUGGCUAUAUGAAUAUGCAGCUUGCAAACACAGAAGAAUACAUAGAUGGAGCAUUGUCUGGACACCUGGGUGAAGUUUUAAUAAGGUGUAAUAAUGUCCUUUAUAUCAGGGGUGUUGAAGAAGAGGAAGAAGAUGGGGAGAUGAGAGAAUAGCAUCUUUUGUGGGGAAUUUUUUUUAUAUAUAUUUCUAGACAAUAAAAUUUAUGUGUG